AUGAAUUCACCAACUGCGUGGAAUCUCAAUGACAAGUCUGCGUUUUUGCGCGUAGAUUCUGAAGGACUUAGAGCGAGUUAUGAAGGUUUAGGUGAAACUGAUGAAGAGUGUGUUACAAUACGAGCAAACAAUUCAAUUCCUCCACAAUGUAUAUUGUUUUAUUUUGAAAUCGAAAUCCUUGAUGGAGGGAAAGAUGG